CCGUGGUCCCUUUCCGGGGAACACGAUGAAAGAGGUGGGAAUCAGGAGGCUCCUGGCUGCCAACCUCCUCUGCGCCCUGUCGAUUGUCCUGACAGCGGUGGUUCCGUCGUUCUUCCUGGAGGGAUUCACGGUGCUGGGAACGCACCUCACGUGGCUGUGUGUUUGUUCUGUCUGUGUCGGUACCCUUAAUGUAAUCUUGCACUUAGUCCUUAAUCCAAGUCAGUCUCCUAAGAGAAAUUCGUUUGCUCAAAAGAUAUCCAGAUUUCUAAAAUGCUGUAUAUACUUUUUCAUGUCUUGCAUACUGUUUCAUGCGAUUAUUGUUCUUUAUGGAGCACCUCUCAUAGAGUCAGUUACUGAGACGUUUUUGUUCGCAGUUCUCCUGUCUACCUUUACUACUUUACAGUGCUUAUGUAUUCUGGGACCAAACAUACAAGCAUGGAUACGGGUGUUUAGUAAAAAUGGGCACAAGACGAGUGUAGAUGUGAUAUAUUAAAAGGUUGUCUCUAAC